GAAUGUAGUAUUUCUUACCUACGAAACGAUGGUUUGCCUACCGAGUGGAUCCUUUUUGCUCACCCCAUUGCAAAAGAGCUCAGAUCUGAGACCAGCGAGGUUCAUUCCUCCUGGUUAAACUCGACCAUGAUCGACCGUAAACCGUUAUAUUUAAUUUCAAUAACGUUUUAUGUAGAAAGCAGUCUGUUUGAGCUAUCAGUAGAUAAUGUUGGACGCCUGACGUCAUGGUCCGAAAGGUGUCAGCUAACGUUAAGUUAACGUUACUUAGCAAGCCUGCUAACUUGUAGUACGUUCGAUCCACUGGCUAACGUUACAUAUUCACGUAGACGCAUUUAAAGUAUAAUUUGUGUCCGCGUUCUGUUUUUACAUUGUCUGCUGUACUGCUUUAUUGUAUUUUAAAGGCCCGCUUGCCAUGUUGUUGUUGAGGCAGCUAACUGUGGUAUUCCCCUUCAUUCCUACAUAGUUCCGUGUAUGAUGUAACCAGCCUGCCAUGUCUCAUAACAACACACGGCCGUCAGACAGAUGUUCUCUAAUAAACUUCGAUUUGGUUAACAGUCACCUCGCUUUUCUGAUGUUGGUUUAAAAUGUUAACUUUACUCGCCUAAAUUCUUCAUGACUUUGGAGUUUCCCUUCUCCUGUGGUACAACGGAGCGGGCGGGAGGGCGAGCGAUGAUGCAACCGCGGGCAACACUUGAGCUCACUCAUAGGAGAGAAAGAAAUUUUGCCACAUAUGCACAUUGACAUGGCAGCACGGUCGGAUAACAGCAACAUAAUUCUAACGGAUGAGCACGGGUGAUUGAGACGGCUUUUAGGUAUUGCAGCAUUUUGCUGAAACAAUGCGUUUCUGCGAUGACCAUCUGCUCAGGCACACAUAUUCUCCCUGUACGGUCAGCCCCGUCACACUAUCCAGCUCUGGGAAGCCCGACAGCAUAUGUCGGUGUGGGUGAGAGAUACAGUGGAAGUGGAUCCAAAUGAGCAAGCAGCUGCAGCGGAAGAUAACCAACACAAUUCAGAACGGUGUCAGUGUUAUACAGAAUCAGCCUCAUAAUAGUGCAGUGAACCCCACUAGCACAGCAGGACUGCAGCAGGUUCCUCAGUUAGUCCCAGUGAGUCCCGCAGGUGGGGGAAAGGCCACACCACCCAGCAAGAUGAAGAAGAACAUGGCAGAGAAAGACAGUGAGGAAUACCGCCAACGAAGAGAACGCAACAAUUUGGCAGUAAAGAAAAGCCGCAUGCGUAGCAAGCAGAAGGCACAGGACACCCAGCAACGUGUAAAUGAGCUCAAGGAGGAGAAUGAGAGACUGGAGGCCAAAAUAAAAUUGCUCAGCAAAGAACUGAGUGUGCUCAAAGACCUGUUUCUGGAGCAUGCUCAUAACCUCGCAGAUAAUGUGCAGCCCCCUGCUUCUGCUGGAGGCCCUGGAGACCUCUGCAACAACAACAAUGGCAGUAACAACAACAGCAGCCAGUGAGGGGCUUUUGUUGGUGUGCAGUGUGCUAUACUGUGGGUCAUUGAGGCUCUUUAGGCGAAGCAUUUUAAUCGUAUUGCGCUUUCAUUUUCCCUUUUUCCCAGAAUUUGCCUGCAAUGUUAACUUAUGUUUUCUCUUGUACACUUAAAUUCGGUUUCUAUUUCCAAAUGUAUUGUGUCUCAUGCUGAGACUUAUGACAUCAUUGCCAUAGCAACUACAGAAUGUCCAACCCACGCAAUUUGAUGUGCAAGAGAUAACCACCUUUUAUAGCCUAUUCUAUUUUAAAGCAUGUUUCAUUGUCUUGAUACUUAGCAGUAUCUUAGAGGAAUGUGUUUGUCAGUGGAGAAUGUUAUUUCGUGGCCAACGUAGGUUACAAAUAUUGAAGAUUGUAAAAGUUGAUUUAACAAUAUUACAAUAUGUAAGAUAAAUAUGUUUCAUCAGUGCAAAGGAAUUCACCAAAAUUAAAUUAAAAACUUCCCUAACAGAUUUUUUUUUAGUAACUUACUAUUUUCUUGGUUUUUUUCCCCCUGUCGGCUUGUCUUAAAUUAAAUUUGAUUUGUUGACCAGAUCUUAUAAAAAAGCAAAUAUUAUUUUGCAUCCAUAGAAACAGACUCCAGACAGACAAAAACAUAUUGCAUCAGACUCCUGACAGUAUCUGCAUUAACAGUAGCCAUUAAAUCCCUACAGUUAAGCCUCCAAUUCCGACAAGGGUGGAAGAGAAUUUGAGAAUGUUAGCUCUAGCCUGAAAUUUAGGGUGUUGGUAGCUCAAUUAAAACAAACUUAUUUCAUAACAGUUACUAUUGUGUCUGUGUUAAUACUAUUGUGUCUGUGUCUUGAUGGUGCAGAUAAGAUUUAUAAUGAGAACGGCCCUUUUGAAAAUUAGCCAUUAAAUUGCAGUCAAUUUGUUUAUCUGACACAUCAUGGUUAAGAUCAGUACGUGUGAAGUCUACAUCCACAGCAGCAGGUGUUACUUUAGGUUAGUGGAUCAGCUUGGUAAUGUAGCCAAAUGACUUUUGCCCUGAUUGACUCUCAUAGGGCUGUGCAUUCUUGCAGUUGCUGUAGAUAGACUUUUGUACCUCAGGCUAUAUCUAAUAGCCUCACCAGACAGCCUUUUAGACCUGUAUUCCUGUUUAAGAGAAAAUUAAAGAGGGGUCUUUUUGGAUGUCUGAAGCAUCUUUAAUUGUAUUGUAUAUUUUCAUUUUCUAUAUCCAAUGUUUUAAACAUUUAAAACAAGCAUGAAAGGUAAUGCAUGAUUAGCGCUAUUUAAACAACUAAAACGUUAUGCUUUAAAUUAGUAAAACAAAGUUUUGUAUUGUAUCAGGCUGAGCUGAAAUUAAGCUACUGUGAUAAACUUCUUUAAAAAGAGACAAGUCAAUAUUUUAAUUGAAUAUUUGAUUGGCCUAUUUUGCUUAAGUAUGAGGGUUGCUGGGCAAUCUUGCUUUUUUACAUGAUGUAUAUUGGGUUUUUUGUGCACUGUAAAUUAAAAUUGAAUAUAAAACAC